AUGGCGUCGCCGACAACGGAUACACCGACCGUGGACCCUGCGGCGCGCGACUCGCCGUCCUUGCCCGACAAGGAAAAGACUGCUGAUGUCAACGGCCAUGCACCAGCUGCCUCGGAGCCAACCAAGGAAGCCCAAACCGAAUCCGAAACUGAGCCGAAACCCGAAACUGAGAACAAGCCCUCAUCGGAUAAGCCUGACGAGGCUCUUGUCAAUGGCAAAUCGUCACCCGCUGAUGCCGCCACUCCUAAUGGCGUGGCUGCUGUCAAUGGAGAGGGCGACAAGCUAGAGAACAAGGACGCGCCACGCGACGAAACGCCUGCGGCAGCUGCAAAGCCCGAAGCUAGCCAGGAUAAACCAGCUGACAGUGCCAACGAGGAAGAAAAGGCGCCCGAAAAGGCGCCCGAAAAGACCCCCGAAAAGAAGGCCUCUGAAGAACCAGCGGCGCAAAAUGAAGAGCCAAAGGUUGAGUCAACGCAAGAAAAUUCUGAUGUGCAAAUGACAGAUGCCAAUGAAGAGACUGUUGCGCCUACGAGCCCCAAGGAAUCUGCGCCCGAGGCAGCCACUGAGAAGAAGGCUUCUGAUGAUUCUAAACCUCCAGCUGCUGCCGAUUCUGGCGCAGACAUGGACGCCGACGCCGACGCUGACGCCGACGCCGAUGCCGACACCAUCAUGACCGAUGAUAAGCCUGCCGAGAAGCCUACCGAGAAGCCCGCCGACAAGCCCGUCGAGCCCAAAGUUGAACAGGCGCAAGAGGCACCGCCUUCAUCAGAUGUUGAUGUCGGUUCAUCAGGUAUCUCUCAAUUGGCCAUUGACUCCAAAUCCCCUAUUAACGCCUCCUUCGAAGUGUCCAUGACCGACGCUCUCGGCUUAAAAGUUUCUCGGGAACGAGAGGAGGAGGAGGAUGACGAGCCGCUUGCCAAGCGAGCAAAGACGGAGCCAAAAGAUGAAGGGGCAGCCAUCACGGCGACACCUAAAAGCGACAACGCCGGUACUCCCGUACCCGCCGGCGAUCGUGGCCUGGGACGUCUAGCUUCUCUACAAAAGUGGAGUGACUCGGGGCUUCGCGACAAGAAAAUCUCAAACUUCCAGCGUCGCGAAAUUCGAAAGAUUAUCGGCAGGGUAAAGAAGACCAAGCAUGGUGGCCACUUCCGGGAUUCCGUUCCGAAGCUGUGGCCGGCACUGGGAGAGUCUUACUUGGCAAGGAUCGAGAAUCCCAUGGAUCUGGCUGAGAUUGACCGACGCAUCCGCGACACCAGUAGCACUUACACUACGUUUGGUGACAUGCAAAAGGACCUGCAGCUCAUCUUUGAAAACACCCUGACCUUCAACGGCGCCUUACACGAUGUCACAGAUGCAGCAUUCUACGCAGUACGUAAUGUGUGGCAAGAGGCCGUUACCAUCCCCGACGACGAGCCUGCGCGACCCAAAUCUGUAGCCAAGCCCAAGCCUCCUCGCGAGCCUCGCGUCCUACCAGGCGGACCCGACAAUGCCGCGCGAAGACAAUCCUCCGGGCCUGCAUCCAGCCCGCCACCCCCCGUGGCUGCACCAAAGCCCAAGCCGCAGGCCCCAGAGCCUAUUGCGGAUCGUCGCGGCUCAACAGCCACAGACGGAGAUAGACCAAAACGGACGGUAAGGGCACCGAAGCCCAAGGAUAUCGAUUAUACCACUAAGCCUUCUCGCAAGAAACUCAAGCCCGAAUUGCAAUUCUGCGACGAGGCACUGGCGGAGCUCAUGCACCCCAAGAACUCGACACUCAACAUGUGGUUCCUCGAUGCCGUCGAUGCUGAAGGCCUCAACAUCCCCGACUACUACGCCAUCAUCAAGAAGCCUAUGGACCUGGGCAAGGUGUCGCGCAUGCUGAACGCGGGCGAGAUUGCCAACGCCAAGGAGUUUGAUAAGAACGUGCGCCUCGUCUUUACCAACUGCUACCAGUUCAACGGACCUCCUGAGCAGGGCAACCCCGUAUCCAUGGUGGCCAAGCAGCUUGAAGAUCUCUACAGCCAGCAGAUGAAGGGCAAGGAUGCAUGGCUGGCCAGAUACGCAAAGGCCAACGCACCCGCUGCGUCCGCCUCCAACGCCAGUGACGAUGAGGAGGAGGAUGACAGCGAGGAAGAGGAGGCCGGAGCCCCCGCCGUAGACAACUCCAAGGAAAUCCAGCAACUCAAAGCCAAGUUGGAAGAAGAGAGCAGUAAACUCAACCGCAUGUUUGCUUCCGGGGAGGCGCAGGCUAUGAUUGAAUGCCAAAAGGUCAUUGUCGAAACCGUGCAGCAGGCGCUUUACAAGGCGGCGCAGAACCAGGGCGGCGAGGGCAAGGCCAAGCACCAAGACAAGUCGGUCAAGAAGUCCAGCAAGCCAAGCAAAAGCAAGGCGGCAGGCAGCGCCCCUGCGCGUAAGUCGUCUAGCCACGCACCCCCUCCCAAGAAGUCGGGCGUUGCGAAGAAACCGGCUCCCAAAAAGAGCCUGUCGGCAGCAGACAAGGACCAAAUCGCGAGCGCCAUCAACGAUCUUGAAUACCCCAACCUCGACCAAGCCAUUGACAUAAUUAAGCGUGAUACCGGUCAAAACGAAAACAACGAAGGCGAGCUCGAGCUAGACAUUGACCAGCUCAGUAACGAAGCGCUGAUCAAGCUAUGGGAGCUCUGCAAGAAGGCGCUCCCAGGAUUCGGUAAAAGUUCAAACGCCACAGCAAAGUCGCCCGAAGUUAAUAGGGCGGUCCCCGCAAAGCAGGCUCCUAAAUCGGCUUCGAAGCCCAAGAAAAACAAGCCCAUGAGCGCGCAGGAGCAGGAGGCGCGCAUCGCACAGUUGACAGCGAUUUCGCAAAUGUACAAAAACGGCCAAGAGCCUGUUGAUGACGCAACUGCUGCGAUGGCGCAUGACCACCAUAACGAUUCGAGCGAUGACUCUGACUCGGAAGAAGAGUAA